AUGAGUAGUGGCGUCACAAGCCAGCGGCGCGGGGAGGACCCCUGGCCGCGGAUGGAGAAGGAGGUGGAGGCGAUGAUGAAUGGGCUGCUCGUGCAGAUGCAGCGAUACCGCGAGGUGGCGCACCCGACCGUCAUUGCGGAGGACGAGAUGUUUGACUCCAUCACAGCUGCCGUGGAGGAGGUGGAAGAGAUGCGCGCGGCACUUGACACAGCGAUUGAGCACCCGGAGUUGUUUGCUAUCACGACGGAAGAGCUGCAGGCGCGUGCUGAGAAGACGCGCGCGUGGGAACGUGACAUGAAAAAGGCUCUUGAUUUACGGGCACAAAUUGUCGCCGUUCGACGACGACGGGCGGUGGCGCAGCAGGAGGAUUUCUCUUUGGCAGAGGCCGGCACGCGGGAGCACAAUGACUUUUUGCAGCAGGAACACGAGGCGCAGCAGCGGCACAUGCUGGCAGACGACGCCACGAUUGACCGCCUCGCCGGCGGUGUACAUCGUGUGAGGGAUACAGCCGUAAACAUCAAAGACGAGCUCAACACGCAGGAGUACGUGCUUGAUGACAUCGACAGUGGCAUGACGAGGGCGCAGCUUCGCCUACAGGGUAUAAUAAGGAAAGUUGGAAAACUGUUAGACUCUGCGAGUGACAGGAAGAAGUUUAUCUGUAUUGUCGUCCUGGUGGCCAUUCUUGUACUGCUUAUCAUGUUUGUGGUGAAGUAG